AUGACGUCACAUUCCACGGCGAGCGUACCUCAGGUGCAUCGGCCUUCCCAUCACACAUUUCGCGAAAAGGGGACUCCCGUUAAUAGGGUGUCUGCUGGUGGGGCUGGGCUGUGUUACGUCCAGGUGUCUGCUGGUGGGGCUGGGCUGUGUUACGUCCAGGUGUCUGCUGGUGGGGCUGGGCUGUGUUACGUCCAGGUGUCUGCUGGUGGGGCUGGGCUGUGUUACGUCCAGGUGUCUGCUGGUGGGGCUGGGCUGUGUUACGUCCAGGUGUCUGCUGGUGGGGCUGGGCUGUGUUACGUCCAGGUGUCUGCUGGUGGGGCUGGGCUGUGUUACGUCCAGGUGUCUGCUGGUGGGGCUGGGCUGUGUUACGUCCAGGUGUCUGCUGGUGGGGCUGGGCUGUGUUACGUCCAGGUGUCUGCUGGUGGGGCUGGGCUGUGUUACGUCCAGGUGUCUGCUGGUGGGGCUGGGCUGUGUUACGUCCAGGUGUCUGCUGGUGGGGCUGGGCUGUGUUACGUCCAGGUGUCUGCUGGUGGGGCUGGGCUGUGUUACGUCCAGGUGUCUGCUGGUGGGGCUGGGCUGUGUUACGUCCAGGUGUCUGCUGGUGGGGCUGGGCUGUGUUACGUCCAGGUGUCUGCUGGUGGGGCUGGGCUGUGUUACGUCCAGGUGUCUGCUGGUGGGGCUGGGCUGUGUUACGUCCAGGUGUCUGCUGGUGGGGCUGGGCUGUGUUACGUCCAGGUGUCUGCUGGUGGGGCUGGGCUGUGUUACGUCCAGGUGUCUGCUGGUGGGGCUGGGCUGUGUUACGUCCAGGUGUCUGCUGGUGGGGCUGGGCUGUGUUACGUCCAGGUGUCUGCUGGUGGGGCUGGGCUGUGUUACGUCCAGGUGUCUGCUGGUGGGGCUGGGCUGUGUUACGUCCAGGUGUCUGCUGGUGGGGCUGGGCUGUGUUACGUCCAGGUGUCUGCUGGUGGGGCUGGGCUGUGUUACGUCCAGGUGUCUGCUGGUGGGGCUGGGCUGUGUUACGUCCAGGUGUCUGCUGGUGGGGCUGGCUGUGUGUCUGCUGGUGGGGCUGGGCUGUGUUACGUCCAGGUGUCUGCUGGUGGGGCUGGGCUGUGUUACGUCCAGGUGUCUGCUGGUGGGGCUGGGCUGUGUUACGUCCAGGUGUCUGCUGGUGGGGCUGGGCUGUGUUACGUCCAGGUGUCUGCUGGUGGGGCUGGGCUGUGUUACGUCCAGGUGUCUGCUGGUGGGGCUGGGCUGUGUUACGUCCAGGUGUCUGCUGGUGGGGCUGGGCUGUGUUACGUCCAGGUGUCUGCUGGUGGGGCUGGGCUGUGUUACGUCCAGGUGUCUGCUGGUGGGGCUGGGCUGUGUUACGUCCAGGUGUCUGCUGGUGGGGCUGGGCUGUGUUACGUCCAGGUGUCUGCUGGUGGGGCUGGGCUGUGUUACGUCCAGGUGUCUGCUGGUGGGGCUGGGCUGUGUUACGUCCAGGUGUCUGCUGGUGGGGCUGGGCUGUGUUACGUCCAGGUGUCUGCUGGUGGGGCUGGGCUGUGUUACGUCCAGGUGUCUGCUGGUGGGGCUGGGCUGUGUUACGUCCAGGUGUCUGCUGGUGGGGCUGGGCUGUGUUACGUCCAGGUGUCUGCUGGUGGGGCUGGGCUGUGUUACGUCCAGGUGUCUGCUGGUGGGGCUGGGCUGUGUUACGUCCAGGUGUCUGCUGGUGGGGCUGGGCUGUGUUACGUCCAGGUGUCUGCUGGUGGGGCUGGGCUGUGUUACGUCCAGGUGUCUGCUGGUGGGGCUGUGCUGUGUUACGUCCAGGUGUCUGCUGGUGGGGCUGGGCUGUGUUACGUCCAGGUGUCUGCUGGUGGGGCUGGGCUGUGUUACGUCCACGCGGCACACAUUGUGGUGGAGCCCCAACUGCAUCGGGACCAACGCGGGCGCAGUUGUCUUGCCAACUGA